ACAAAUGAGUACUGAUCUAGUGGCAGUUUCGCAUGAUAGUAAACUGCCAACACCGAAACAUCAAAAAGUUUCAGAGACGCUAUAAAAAUGGAAUUUUCCACAUUGGCAUCUAAUAAUUAGGACUCUGGAUGUUUGAGGCACUAAUAUGGAUGACAAACUGCUUCCGAGAGAAGUGCCAGAGCCGACAAGGUUUCCAAGUGUUGGAGACAACAGAGGUCAGAGCGAGGGUAGGCUCAGGUGCCACCUGGGGAGGCAAGGACUCUGGCAAGGCAGCAAAUCCUGGUGAUGUGUGGAGGCUUAUAGGAGCCGUGCGGAGCAUCGCUGCCAGGGUUGAGGAGUCUGGAUCGAAAACGAGACAUCCCUCCGGGGAGGCGGGCACCGGCAGUGACGAGGCAGAGGAGGAAUGUGGUGACCGCUCGAGGCAGGUGGAGGUGGCUGGCCUUGUCGCAGCCAUGCGGAGUGCUGUGUUGAGGUAUGAGAACAACGAGUUCAUAAAAGCGCCCAAGUUGGAGGAUGUAGCCGAAGUAUCGGAGAACUCUUCAGACUCGGAAGACGGUGAGGCAUCUGAGGUGGGCAACGAGUCAUUGACAAUUGGCGACCUUAGCCUCGUUCCUCAGAACGUGUCGCUGUCGCCUGACCCGUCGCUCCGGAUUGACCCGGGGGGCUUGGAAAUCUCUUCGGAUGCACUCGCUACUGGGAGCGAUGAUAGUGAGACUGAAGUGUCAGCCCACUCUUCUAAAAUGAAAGAAGGCCAUUCCGAAAACACUGACAUGACGGCCGUAUACCUGUACAGAAAUAUUUUUAGCAAAGUGCAGGAGAUAUUGGACCAUAGUAAAACAGCUUCAGAGGGCAGGAGAGACAGUUCUGGAAAGAAACCCUCAACAUCUGAAGCAGAAAAUGGAAGAACGAAGAACAGAUAGCAUUAAUUUCCAUAUGGUGAUGCAUAAGGUGGAUGUAGACAGAGUUAGGUUAUCUGACUUAAAAGGUAAAAUAUUUGAUGGUAUUAAAAAUGUAAAUAAUAGA